GUCAUCAAUUCAAAAUCAAAUUCAAGAAUAUCAAAUCAGGUAUAAACAUGUUUAUGUUAAAUUUAUUUAACAUCUUUCAAUACUAUGGAAUAUCAAAGUUCUGUUUAAAUAAUGUUCAAAUACAUGUUAAAAUAUUUCAAGGAUCAAUAUGACUGAAGUAUCAUAUUUCGAAGAAACAUCUAGCUAUCACACAGAUGUUAUCUGUGAUAAUAAAAUAGAAAGUGCAGAAUUAUCUUUAACUGCAGAAGAAAAUUUCAAGAGAAAAUAUAGCAUGUUCAAAAAUAUUUUCUCAAGAAAAAAUAUUCUGAAAUUUGGAAUAAUGACAGGAGAAGAAGCAAUUCCCAUUGAUUCUACUCAUGGAAAUAUAGUUAUAUCUACUAUAGAUACAACUCAACUUAAAGAAAGAAUUAAAACUUUUUCAGAAAAUGAAAGAUCUAAAAUCGGUUAUAUUCAUAUAUCGACCAUUCAAAUUUUAAUUAAAAGUACUUUUAUGAAAGGUAUUAAUUCACCUCUAGAAAUAGCUUUAAAAGACUCUAGAAUUCUAGACACAGAUCAAGCAACAAUUGCAAAAGGAAAUUGCAAUCUAAAAUAUGGUAAAAUCAAAUUUGAUAUAAAUUUACAAAUUGGUUUAUCCCUAAAAGAUAAGGAUCUUGAUAGAUCUAUAGUUUUUCAUUAUAAAAUGAAAAACAAAAAUUUUAUGAAAAAAGGUAAUCACCCCUUUACCAUUUACUAUAGAAUUAACUAUGCUUUGAGUAAUUCACAUCACAGUAUAGAAUUCAAAGGAAAAGACACAAUUCAUAUUGACGAAUUGUUUGCACCUAUAGUGACUCUAAAGUCACCUAUAUUCAAAAGCCUAGCAAGGAAUAGUUGUUCUUUGAUAGAAGCUGACAGAGAUCUGUUUGAGGAAACAGAAGACAAAUCGUUAUUUAGAAGCAAAAGCCUUAGAAUAACACCACCUAAAAGAGAUUUUUAUAUCUCAGAACAAAAAGAGCUAAGUAAGCUACAUAGUUCAAUAGAAGGACUAUCCUUACAAGUCCAAAAUUUAGAUAGAAAAAUCUAA